AUGCAAUGUUCUUGGAAGGCUGUCCUCUUACUUGCUUUGGCCUCCAUUGCUAUCCAGUACACAGCCAUUCGCACUUUCACAACUAAGUCCUUCCAAAGUUGCCCUGUACCCAAUCCCAUGAAUUGUAGCCUGAAUCAGGAGGCUGAAUCUGCUGACAGACUGUGUGAUGAAAGCCCAACUUUUUCUUACAACCUUUCUAAGAAGACUCAUGUCCUGAUCUUAGCCACCACCAGAAGUGGUUCUUCUUUUGUUGGUCAGCUCUUCAAUCAGCACUUUGAUGUUUUCUAUUUAUUUGAGCCCCUUUACCAUGUCCAGUACACCUUGAUUCCAAAGUUAACACAGAUGAAGGGCUCCAUGGACCGACGGAUCAUGUUGGGAGCUGGCAGAGAUUUGCUGAGGAGUCUUUAUGAUUGCGAUCUUUACUUUUUGGAAAAUUACAUCAAACCCCAGCCGGUGAAUCACACCACAGACAGACUCUUCAGGAGAGGGGCCAGCAAAGCUCUGUGCUCUGCACCAGUGUGUGAGACAUUGGCACCAAUUGAUACCACUCUGGAAGAAGGAGACUGCGUAAAAAAAUGUGGCACUUUGAACUUGACUCUAGCUACCGAAUCAUGCAAAGAUCAUGGGCACGUUGCUAUCAAAACAGUGCGAGUGCCAGAGGUCAAUGACCUUCGGGCUUUGGUGGAUGAUCCAAGACUCAACCUGAAAAUUAUACAAUUAGUGAGAGACCCCAGAGGCAUCCUUGCUUCCAGGAGCGAAACAUUUAGAGACACUUACAGACUUUGGCGAAUCUGGGAUGGCACAGGUAGGAAACCCUACAACUUGGAUGUGACACAGCUCACCACUGUUUGUGAGGACUUUUUGAACUCCGUAUCCACUGGCUUAAAUAGACCUUCAUGGCUGAAAGGCAAAUACAUGUUGGUGCGAUAUGAAGACCUAGCUAGGAAUCCUCUGAAAAAGACUGAGGAAAUAUAUGAAUUCCUCGGUAUUCCAAUGGAUAGCAAUGUGGAACGAUGGAUACAGAAUAAUACAAGAGGAGACAGGUCUUCAGCUAAGCACAAAUACGGGACUGUCCGAAAUUCAGCAGCAACAGCAGAGAAGUGGCGGUUCCGCCUCUCCUAUGAAAUUGUAGCGUUCACACAGAAUGCAUGCCAGCAGGUAUUAAUACAACUGGGUUACAAACUGGUGUCCUCUGAGAAGGAACUAAAGAACCUCUCCAUAAGUCUGGUGGAAGAAAGGGAUUUCUUGCCCUUUUGGUAA